GAUAGGAACAGGGAAAGUAUGAAGAAAUGUACGCCAGGAGGGGGAGCAGCGAUAACGACGCGCAAGAACUCCAACAACAAUGAGCUGUGGCUCAUGCAAGGCAAGGAGUCCGCACCUUGCGCUCCUACAGGCGCCACAAGCUGUGCUCUGUUAUGCCAGGGAGAUGCUACUGGCCCUGUCAGCUCAGACAGAGCUGGUGGGGAAUCAGCAUCAGCUGCAGUGCCGGUAACCUGGUUGCCUACUGGUUGGACAGGUGAAGCCACUAUGAUAUGCAACAAAAACGGAGAUUGUAGAAGGGACCCCAACAUUUCUGGGAGCCUGACCUCCAUCGUAUCUAGGCAAGAAAAGCAGACAGGUGGAUUAGUUGCAGCGGAAGACGGUAAAAGGCAAGCUAGAUGUAAUUCCAGAGUCGCCAGCAUGGACGGUUCGAUCAUCUCAGCUGGCUCCCCAGCACAGGGGCACGGAGCAGAGGUGGCCGGGGCCACAACUACUGGCACUGAUAAAAAGGACCCCAGAGUUUCCUUCUCAAAUGCACCUAGUAGAAAAACAUCGUCCUCCGUGCAUAACCAACCGAAAAGGAAUUCUGUCUCAUGUUUUAAGUCUGAAGAUGGAUCCCAGAUUGUGCCAGAAGAUGGGGAACAACAGGACAAUCGGACUUACAUGCAGCGGCAAUUUAGUUCCAUGCUUCAGCCUGGAGUUAAUAAAUUUUCCCUGCGUAUGUUUGGGAGCCAAAAAGCCGUGGAAAAGGAACAAGAGCGGGUCAAAUCGGCCGGUAAUUGGAUUAUUCAUCCAUACAGCGAUUUCAGGUUCUACUGGGAUUUCACCAUGCUGAUGUUCAUGGUUGGUAACCUCAUCAUCAUCCCCGUGGGCAUCACCUUCUUCAAAGACGAGACCACGGCGCCCUGGAUCAUCUUCAACGUCAUCUCUGACACCUUCUUCCUCGUGGACCUGGUCCUCAACUUCCGCACCGGCAUCGUGUUCGAGGACAACACCGAGAUCAUCCUGGAACCCAGGAAGAUUAAAAUGACCUACCUGAAGACGUGGUUCGUGGUGGACUUUGUCUCCUCCAUUCCCGUGGAUUAUAUCUUCCUUAUUGUAGAGAAGGGGAUCGACUCAGAGGUGUACAAGACGGCCAGAGCCCUGAGGAUUGUACGCUUCACCAAGAUCCUCAGUUUGCUGAGGCUGCUCAGACUGUCCAGGCUCAUUCGCUACAUCCACCAAUGGGAAGAGAUCUUCCAUAUGACCUAUGACCUGGCCAGCGCAGUGAUGCGUAUCUUUAACCUGAUUGGUAUGAUGCUACUGCUGUGUCACUGGGAUGGCUGUCUGCAGUUCCUGGUUCCUAUGCUGCAGGACUUCCCACAGGACUGUUGGGUCUCCCUCAACAAGAUGGUGAACGACUCGUGGAGCGAGCUGUACUCCUUUGCCCUGUUCAAGGCCAUGAGUCACAUGCUGUGUAUCGGUUACGGGCGUCAGGCCCCGGAGAGCAUGUCCGAUAUCUGGCUGACCAUGCUCAGCAUGAUCGUCGGUGCCACCUGCUAUGCCAUGUUCAUCGGCCACGCCACCGCCCUCAUCCAGUCCCUGGACUCUUCGCGGCGUCAGUAUCAGGAGAAGUACAAACAAGUAGAGCAGUACAUGUCUUUUCACAAACUGCCAGCUGACUUCCGACAGAAAAUCCAUGAUUACUACGAGCACAGAUACCAGGGCAAGAUGUUUGAUGAGGAGAGCAUCCUGGAGGAGCUUAAUGAACCUCUGCGGGAGGAAAUUGUGAACUUCAACUGCCGUAAGCUGGUGGCAUCCAUGCCCCUGUUUGCCAACGCCGACCCCAAUUUCGUGACAGCCAUGCUGACUAAACUCCGCUUCGAGGUUUUCCAACCCGGAGAUUACAUCAUCAGGGAGGGCACCAUCGGCAAGAAGAUGUACUUCAUCCAACAUGGUGUGACCAGCGUCCUGACAAAAGGAACCAUGGGAAUGAAGCUCUCCGAUGGGUCCUACUUUGGAGAGAUAUGUCUGUUGACCCGAGGAAGACGGACGGCCAGUGUACGAGCAGACACCUACUGUCGCCUGUACUCUCUGUCUGUAGAUAACUUUAAUGAGGUGCUGGAGGAAUAUCCCAUGAUGAGACGAGCCUUCGAAACCGUGGCAAUCGACCGACUGGACCGGAUAGGGAAGAAGAAUACCAUCCUAAUGCACAAGGUUCAGCAUGACCUCAACUCGGGUGUCUUCAACAACCGGGAGAACGAGAUGAUCCAGGAGAUUGUGAAGUACGACCGCGAGAUGGUGCAGCACGUGGAUCUGCCGAGGCCCCGCGCCGUGUCCGUGUCCAACCCCCCGACACAUGGGAGCAUCUUUCCUCCUCCGGGCCCACCCCAGAGUUCAGCCAUCGCCACCCUCCAGCAGGCUGUGGCCAUGAGCUUCUGCCCGCCGAUGGCAGGCCCUCUGGCGGGGGCCGGGGCCCUGCAGUCACCUCCGACUGUGCGGAGGUUCCACGUGAUGCAGUGCAUGUCCAGCCCGGCGUCGGCCUCUCCACCACCCCACAGCCAGCUCACCAUGCAACCCCAGUUGCAUGCUGGCGGUGCCUUCACCUCGGCCCUUUCCAGCCCACCCACCCAGAGCCCGCUGGCAGCUGUGGGGCAGACAUUUCAGUAUGGCCCCGCUUCUGGCUCCCAGCUCUCCCUUGCCCAACAGGUCAUGCCUAGCCCCACACACAGGCCCAGUACCCAUUGCAGCUCCCGAUCUCUACACAUGGGUAGUCUGAGUCAAGACGCAAGGGCACUGUCCGCCUCGCAGCCUUCUCUGCCCCAGGGAAGGGUUCAGCCCAUGGCCCCCAGCCCCCCACAGUCCACCCGUGUCUCCUCCACUUCCAUCGGGCCCCCUCAGACCCCCGCAGGUCCCGUGGGGCUGAGGAGUGCUGUGACUCAUAGAAUGGGGCUGCCCCAUCAGAUGUCUGUGGGGGCGUUUCCUAUAGCCUCCCUCCCAGGGACUGUGACAUCGCUGGGGACCGGCACGAUAGCAGGAGUGGGGCCGGGUUUGGCACCCUCCCUGCUAGACUCGAGAUUACACAAGAAAGACUCGAUAGCAAGCCUCCCCGAGACAGAGCGCGUCAGAGCAAGGCUAUCUUCCAAUUUGUAACCUUUAUUAGGCUUUUUGGUGGUGGUAUUUCUCUGGAGUGUUUCCUCACUUUAAUUCCCCCUAUCACACAAGGGUGAAUCUGACUAUAAGAAUGUAUACUGUAUGACUGGUAUAGCAAGAGGGGUGGGAUGGAAUAGAUAUGAAAAUAAGUUAAAAGACAAUGUAUUACUAACUCUAUGAAGUCUGUAUACAGAGUUGUUAUCAAAUGCAGGCGGUUUUUACUCCACACACAGACAACGAUGACAGCUGAACACAGUGCUAGCACAGGCUGCUCACAGCUCUCCUUUAUUUACUGUCUGUACUGUAACAAUAUUCUACAUACAUUGCACACACCUCUCACCACUACCUAUAUAGUCAAAACAAUCAAAACUGUCUGUGACUAAAAGAAAAUCAGGCACCUGCUCCAAAUAACUGCGCUUUCAUCAACUGUGUCCUGAAGUAUUUCAAGAAUUUCUGUUUUCUCUAUGGACAAAGUUUUACUCAUGCCACUAUACUGUAAAAUUGUUUCAGAAAACAAGAACAUUCUUAUUAGAAUUUCAGACCACAUCUUAAUUUAUCGCUUUCAAACGCUACGUAAGGGCAUUUUUUAAAAUUAUUUAAUUUUUCCCCCUAACCAAAGUUGGGCUUUCACUAUGCUUUGUAUUAUUGGGAUGAAUAAUAUAUUCAUGAAAUAUACAAUAUAUACAGUAUAUUGUGUGUGUGUGUGUGUGUGUGUGUGUGUGCAUGUGUGAGUAUGCGUGUGUAUGAGUGUCUUUAUAGGAAUUUGAAUUUAUAUAUAAUACUACAUUAGUCUUCCUCUUCUCUCAAAUGGUCUUUGCAGAUGACGGUGUAGGUAUCUUUCCAUUUUCUUUUUGGACUCCACAGCAUGUCUCAUACAUAAUACAGUCUACAUAUGAUUCUGGCAUUGCCUGUUCAAAACUGUACAGCUGGGCAAUGAGUGAUCUAGUUUCAACCGAGUAAUCUGUCCCCAUAGGACGAUGCAUAUGCAUGUUCAUUUGGCUUAUGAAUCACAUGAAUAUAUCAACUUACUCCAUCACAUUCAACCCUGAUGGAAUUGCAUAUAAGGUUAUUUGCAUAGCUAGGGUUUAGAAAAGGAAGUUGAUAGUUUUUCUUUAAAGAGACAUCGUUUUCUAAAAUAUCCAAGUUAACAGUCCGGCUUAAGUUCUGAACGCAGUGUGCAGUGUAAUUGAUGACACCGAAAUCCAUUGUCAUAUUGUUCUUUGAUGAAAUCUAAUAACCAAUGGUCAACAGGCUGUCCAGACAGACCGAUGGCACCUGGGCACAUCUUAUACAUUACUCCAUGAAAUGAAUACAUUAAACUGUUCAUUUAUAGAUUAUGUCUGAUCAGCGUUGCCCAUCCAUUAUUCAAACCAGAUUAUUAUUUCAUUCUAAAUAAAUCAAUUUUCCCUUUCCCCUCAAACUGCAGUAAUACAAACUCUUAUUGAGCUAGGCUGGGUGUGCACUGUGCAUAAUGCCUUUGCCUUGCUCCCAUCUAAAUGUUCCCAUUCUAUUCUAAUCUGCAGUGCAGGCAUUUCGGAGGGUGCAUUCCGAUCAUAUGUCUCCCACCAUACGUGAUACCAGUGAAUGUGUUUACUGGCCUCCAGUGAUUAGUGUCCAAAAGCAUUACGGGAAUAGGCCUUCCAAACCCUAAUAUCCAAUUCAUCUGGAGAUACCCCCACCCUAUCAACACCACCAUUACUAUGUAAUGAAAGAGAUGAUUGGACACCCUCAGGCCUUAUUUAGUUUGGACUGUUAUUACUUUCUUUCCAUAGUGUUUCAUCAUGGGUUUUACUGUAUCAUCCACCUUGAGGGGGGUGACAAGGUUGAGGCUUUGAAAGGGAUUUGUUGCUGGAAAUUGUGCCCAGUAAAAGUAAUUUAGGAACUUUUGGGGAAAUUAGUUUUAAAGAGAUACUUGACCUAAAAUUAUGUCUCAAGGUCAUUGUUGUCAUAUUUCAUGAUAACCCUUUCUUCAUUUCUCUCCCAGUUAGCAUUAUUAGCUUUGUCCAAAUUCAUAAAUUAAACUGUUCAAACUCGCUUUAGUAGUUUCCCAUGCUAGCAGCAAUUAUUUAUUGCAUACUGCCGAAAUAGCCUGUGGAAUUUCUUUACUUCAAACUGGCACUGGUGAUGAUGUCAUGAAAAAGGUACUACUAGGAGUGAGUCAGUGAUCAUGGUCAGCAGGUCAGUUAGCCUGUUUCCUUUGGUGGAGUUUAGAAUUGUAGAAUUGUGGUAAAGAGGACUUUGGAAUAUACACACACACGCACGCUCGCUCGGAUGCACGCACACACUAUAUUGCCUUCUACUAUUUGUAGCUAUGCUAAAAAAUCUGAUGGUUUUCUAGAUGUCAUCCGUAUUAUAUGUUCAUGUUACUGUCACUAACCCACUAAUUCACAGCUGCAGAAGUAUUUUACUACAGUGAUUUCCCUUAGGCUGCGUACUGUUUGCCCAGAAAAGGUUUUACAUGUUGCCAUUUAGCAAGUUGUGGAUUAUUGCCACAAACGACCAUGUUAUCAAACAAGGAAUGCAAAUGUAACAUGUAAGUCAUUCGUUAUAAACAUUUCACACUGAAUUAGGGCAGUAUAUAAUCUCAUUCGAUUGCAAAUGACCUAACUAGCUAGUUGAAUAACUUACGUUUGUAUGUGACAUGAUACCUUUUUAUUGUUAGAGUUGAUUCCAUUUUGAAACAAAACAAACCAGUUAACAUAGGGAGCAUCAGGGCAGUUCCAAAGAAGUGCAUUGUAAAAUGAAAAAAGCUAUAUCUAGGGCGGAUGGGUUCUUUGAGGUUAACAACACCACAGGUUUAUUUUCAAUUGUUUUCAAAUUAGGUUUCCACUUGCAAUGCAGCUUCCACAAGCUAGGGAAUCACAAUUUAAAUUCACAAAUUUGGACAAAGCUAAUGAUGCUGCCACCAUGCCGGGAGAGGAGUAAAGAAUUGCUUUUUUGACACCAUGGGCCUUGAGACAGAAUCGCCUGUAAUGGGAAUUUCACGCAAACAUGAUUUUAGGUCUAACUAUUCCUUUAAAGUGAGGUAGAAGUCCUUUUUUAGAUUUCUUGUUUUUUUUUUACUCUUUGACCACCAAUAAAUUAGCAACAUUUACAAAAACGCAAUAAAUACAAAGACGAUGAAAAGCCAAAGUUUCAAUAAAAUGUACAUUUUUGGAAGCAUUUGAAAGUUUGUAUAUGACACAUCCAUGUACAACUAAUUUACUGUACAAUCCAUUCUGAAGCCUUUGUUACUUUCUUCAGGUUCACCGCUAUCUUCUCUACUAGCACAUUUUGCUGUCAUGUGCUCAACAUCUUCUUGGGAUGUUUCCUUGCCAAAUUGUAAUUUAAAUUGUAACUUGAAUAAAUAUAUGAAGCAAUAACAAGCAGAAUACAAAAGGGUUCUUAAUGUUUCGGAAUACAUUUCCAGGAAGAGACAUCUAAAUAAGGCUGGGAUUCAUUGAAACAAUUAAACAUUUAAGCAGUGUCUUAAUUUACAAUAACUAUUCUGUGCCUACACAGUUAUACUAUACUUCUGAAAAGCAGCAGCAUACUUGUUAUGGCAAUGAUUUUAUAGGCGCGUAAAUCUACAAAGCUCUUGCAGUCCUCAGAUUCUACUGCCUUAAGAUGUUCUCUAAAAAAGGAUUAAAUAAACACAGAAUAAGGAUGAAUUGAUUGCAUAUUGUCUUGCAUAUGUUUAAAUCACAGAGUUCUAACUUGGUGGAAGCCCGCUUGAUAGCCAUUAUAGCUGUGAACCAGCUGCCAAUAUUUUGAACCUGUACAUGAAGUAUAUCCAUUGGUUUCGUUUAAGUUGUUCAGUCUUAGCACGUUUGUUUUAGAAUUUUUGAUUGAAUGUGAAGACCGUUAAAGAGGUGUUUAGGAUUUUGUACAGCACCUAGCUGUUAGUUUAUUUAACCAUGGAAAAAAUGUUUAUUGAAUUAACCACUGUAGGUCAAAUAGGUCUUAUUCUAUAACAAUUGUUAAUUCCUUGUAACAUUUGAAUCAGGUGAUUAUUUGUUAAUUUAUUUAAAAACUUUUACAAUGCAAAACAUGACGUCUGUAAAUAUUUUGCCAGACAACUUUCAUGAUGUAACUUGAUCCCAACAAUCCAGUUAGGGACUCUGGCGUAGACUUUCUGACUCUGUCAGACUUCAAGGAAGAAAGGAAAAUGUAAUUGUAUUGUUUUGUCACUGACUAUUUGCAUCAUGGUGAAAUCCAUAAGUGGUUUCCUUCCUAUCUGGCAGAUGAGUUUGUAAGGAUAAUCUUUAUAGUAACAGGCUAUAAAAUAACAAAAAGUCUAGAGGGUUGAAAUCUUUCUGAAGGCAUAUACUGUACUGUAGAUAUGAAUUGAUAUCCCUACUUUAAUGUCCACAAUUUAAUGAAUAUAUUUGUGUGUAAUGGUUUUUCUCAUACUCAUAAUCAAUACGUGUCUCAUCCUAAGAGUAGAUGUGAGCACAUGAAUGGGAACAAGUACUUUAUGCUGCAUAAUCACUGGUCUUUUCUAUGGAGAGGAAAAGAGAUGUACAAAGCUGGUAGAAACAUAUAGAUUCACAGCAACUAUAUACUGACUAAAGGGGUGAACACUUGGGCAAUCAAUUAUUAUCUUUUUAUAUUUGUAAUUCAUUUUGAACACAUUAUGGACUUUGUGUUCUUUGUGACAAUAAAAGUGGGGGUGAAACUGAA